CUCUGUUAACCAGGUCGGAGCGGAGACGCAAACAGAGGCAGCCGGUUUGCUGGCUCGGCUCUUGGCUGCGCGCUGCUCCUGACUGUAUAAUAAAUAAGACAAGCAAUAGCAGCUGAGCGGCUUGCAUGCCAGUCCGUUUGUAAUCCUCAUCAUUCAUCGCAUAUCCGUCACCGAAUAAUAAUAAUAUAAAUAGCAAGUCAUUUAUUUAUCUAUUUUUGGAGACCAUCGUGUUGUUGUAUUUCAACGGGGGUCGGUCGCCCUCUUCCUAAUCUCGGGAUCCCGAAUGGAAGCGGCGGCGGCGGCGGAGGGAGCGGCGAGCCCGGCCGAGGCCGGGGAAGCGAACCCCUCAGCCGGGGCAGUGGCGUUUGACGAUACGGAAACUGUUAUCUUUACGAUGGAUACCUCCUGGGAGACAGACGCUGCUGGUAAAAAGGCAUUCAUUACCGAGAUGUCUUCCUCUUCGGGCCAGCUGGGGUCCGCCCCCGGAAAAAAGAUCGGUCAUCGCGGAGUUGACGCAUCGGGGGAGACCACCUACAAAAAGACCACCUCUUCUGCUCUCAAAGGGGCCAUUCAGUUGGGGAUUGGCUACACUGUGGGGAACCUCAGCUCCAAACCAGAGAGAGAUGUGCUCAUGCAGGACUUCUAUGUUGUCGAAAGCAUUUUCUUUCCCAGUGAAGGCAGCAAUCUGACGCCAGCGCAUCACUUCCCAGACUUCCGCUUCAAGACCUACGCUCCCGUCGCCUUCCGCUACUUCAGAGAGCUGUUCGGGAUCCGGCCCGAUGACUAUCUGUAUUCUCUGUGCAACGAGCCCCUGAUUGAGCUGUCGAACCCGGGCGCCAGCGGCUCCCUGUUCUACGUCACGAGGGACGACGAGUUCAUCAUCAAGACCGUGAUGCACAAGGAGGCUGAGUUUCUGCAGAAGCUGCUCCCCGGAUACUACAUGAACCUGAACCAGAACCCUCGCACCUUGCUGCCCAAGUUCUACGGGCUCUACUGCAUCCAGUCCGGGGGAAAGAACAUCCGCAUGGUGGUGAUGAACAAUGUCCUGCCGCGAGUCGUCCGAAUGCACCUCAAAUACGACCUCAAGGGCUCCACCUACAAGCGACGCGCCUCCAAGAAGGAGCGGGAGAAGUCCAGCCCCACCUUCAAAGACCUGGACUUCAUGCAGGAACUGCAAGACGGGCUCAUGCUGGACAUGGACACGUACAGCGCGCUGGUCAAGACGCUACAGAGGGACUGCCUGGUGCUGGAGAGCUUUAAGAUCAUGGACUACAGUCUGCUGCUGGGGGUGCACAACCUGGACCAGGCAGAGAGGGAGAGUCAGAGCGAGGGCUCCCAGGGCACCAGUGACGAGAAGAGGCCCGUGGCGCAGAAAGCACUCUACUCCACCGCCAUGGAGUCUAUCCAGGGAGGCGCGGCCAGGGGCGAGUCCAUCGACACGGACGACACGAUGGGUGGAAUCCCUGCAGUGAACGGAAAAGGAGAACAGGUGUUACUCUACGUAGGAAUCAUCGAUAUCCUGCAGUCAUACAGGUUAAUCAAGAAACUGGAGCACACCUGGAAGGCUCUGGUCCACGAUGGGGACACAGUGUCAGUGCACAGGCCGAGUUUCUACGCAGACAGGUUUUUUAAGUUCAUGACCACCACAGUCUUCAGGAAGAACUCCUCGUUGAAGUCUUCUCCUUCCAAGAAAGGGCGGAUAGCGCUGACUGUGCCCAGGUACAGCAGCCCGGGGGCAGCGUUCUCUGCCAGCCAGCUCCUCUCCGAGAGAGAUGAGAACAUCUACGACCUGCGAGGAGUGCGCAGCUUCCCCACACUGGAGGACGAAGGUCGCUCAGACCUCCUGCCUUGCACGCCGCCGUCCUUUGAAGAAGCAACGACAGCGUCCAUCGCGACGACCCUGUCCUCCACGUCUCUGUCCAUCCCAGAGCGCUCUCCCUCCGACACUUCAGAGCACCCGCGAUACCGGAGGCACACUUCAUCUGGGCAAGACGGGCGGUCACACGAGGAGGUGCGCGCGCACGAGGAUGAGCAGCAGCAGCAGCAGAUCACGGUGGAGGUGGAGGUGAAGAGACCCGACAGCGAAGCUGCCAUCGUCCCCGACGCUUCUCCAGAGACCAGCGAGCCCGCCUCGGCGCCAGGGUCGGUACCGCCCAGUCCGAAGGUGAUCGUGGAGCCGGACUGCGCCAGUCAGCUCUCUGAAUCCACCAGCCACGCCUCUGCCGAGGAGGAGGAAGUGCCCAUCGCGGACAUCUACUUUUUCUCUGAUGGAAGGUACAGGAUCUCUUCCCCCGUCCCACAGCGCAGAUCCAGAUCACACACAGAGUCGGACGUCUGUCCUUCAGACGACAGGACUUGGGUUUACUCUCCACUUCACUACAAUUCGCAGGCGCCCCCCGAUUCAGACAGGGAGGGUGAAACAUAAUUCCAAUGCAGAUAGCACGAGACGGGAGAAGAGGUGGAGGUAUGUUUUUGACGGACUCUGUCGCCUCAGGGAGAUUGUUUGACUCUGCGGUGUUUGAAAUCCAGAUCCAAAGGCUUCCGGAGAGAAUACACCCACCCCCCCCCCCCCCCCCCCCCCCCCCUCCACGCACUCUUCCGGUUCUUUAUCCCCCAAAAAGAUCCCUAAGGAAUUGUAGGAGGAAAAAAAAAAAAUCAAUACAAACUAAAUUUAACUAAACCUGUAACAGUGUCUGGGCCAGUGGGGGUUAAUAAGUUGGGAGGGUGAUCAAAAAAAAAAAAAUGAAGAUAAAACGUAUACUUCCAUGAGUCAUCGUGAAUUAUAAAUAUGUGUGUACAUUUGCUUUAUUUAUGCACUUUCCAAACUGUUUAAUGCUGUGAAAUGUUCACUUUUGUUCAUUAUUGUUCUAAUAUUAUUUUGAAGUUUAUUUUCAUGUAGGAGAAGCUACCUGCAUUACAAGUGGCUUUUUAUUUAGGAUGUUGCUUUUUGUCUUUUUUUUUUUAAUAUUCCUUCCAUAGAGUGGAAGCAGGUCUUGUGAUGUUAAUCCUAUAGGGAAGAGCACCAGUGGUCUGGCGUUUUUAUACAAAGUCCUGCCCAAAAGUUAGCCCCCAACCCCUCCCAGUAAAGAAUCUGCUGUGCCCGAUUGAUCAAGUGACACGAGGACUGUAUAAUCACAGAGCACUUCUUAAUCCCCUGGCAGAGGGGGCAGUUCUGAUGAAAAUGCUUACAUCUUUCACAAUAAGGAUGGGUACAACCAAGACAGUAGCGCAACUAUCUGUGGACGCAGAGGGGUCAGCUUCGACCGCUUUGAGAACAGCAGGACAUCUCCUCGGCUUGCCUGAUCCUCAGACGACAAUCAAGAUGCUAAAAUAGAGGAUGUGCAUGAGGCAACCCUCAGCCUUCCACACAGCUGGCUAAGAAGAGACCGUCCCACAUCUUGUAGACUCGGUGGCUAUUACUAAUGACCAAAGAGAUGGGGUUGGGUGCUAAUAUUUAGGCAGGGCGGUGUAUGUGUUUACCUGUGCUUUAUAAUGCAGGACUCUAUCCUGAAAAGACAAGAGGGGGAGGGAUUGAGGCUUGGUGGAUAAACUGUAAGUGAAUUUGUGCGUCUGACCCCGUCUCUUAUGGCAUCUGUCAGAGAUGUGGAGGUCUUCUCUCACCCAAUUGUAUAGCAAUUCUGUGAGCCCUAAUUUCAAGGGUCCUGUACGAAAUGUAUAAUGCAUUUUUAUUAGUCAUUAGGCACACACUAAAAAGUGGAAUGGUUCAAACUGCAAUGCAGGGGUCCUCUGUUGCACAUAUUAUAUCUACCUGUCUGGCUUCCCUGCACGAGAUCAGGUCAAUUGCACGCACCUGUUACAGACGUUAGGGAAGGUCACUCUGACCUGACUUGAACGCCAGUAGUGUAUUAACUUCUAACUCUAAAAGUGCCCCGCGCACAGCCAGUGUUCUGUUGGAGGCGUUUCAUUAAAGACUCUAGCAUUCAAGUCUCCUGAGCAGAAUUGUUUGUGAAUGUGUCGUGGCUGGAUUGGUGGUUCAGUAAGGAUCAGAGGUGACGGGGCUCGUAAACUGCUUAUUGUAUACGUCUAACCUGAACUCGGAGCUGUGCAGCUGGUUCAGAUUAGCGACACCUUUUCUCUCCUUGUUUAUAUGCUCGACGGAGGUGGUCAGUGAAGAGAAAGCCUGUGUUUCCUAAAAACACGAAAGCCACUGCAUAUUUUAGAUUCUGUUUAACCUACACAAAGCAACUAGUUGCAAUCCAAUACGCAAGUCCCUUGUAGGACUGGUUUAAACAAACGAACAAAGAAAACAAAAAAACAACCUUCUCUAAUUAUUAUUCUCAUUGUUCUGCUGUUUAGAUAGUAAGGGCUCUGUUUUAUAAACAAUCGCCUCCAUUUCCUAAGAAACAACACACUAAUAAAGCUAGCAUUUAACCAGUGUUUCAAAUUCACUUGGACCCCCCCCCCCCCCC